CCAUCUCUGUUCUUUCCCAAUAGGGGAACACCAUAUUGGGCAGUGGCACUAGCAGCAUCUGUUUUCUUGCUAGUUCAAUUGAGGUUCAUGCUGAGGACAAACACAUGCAAGAAAACUAGGAGCAAGUGCCCCAAAGCCAAGCUGCGGAGCUGUUUGGUGGCCCCAGGCUGACCAGUAGACAUGGCUCAGUUUGUCCAGGUCCUGGACGAAAUAGGUGACUUCAAUCGCUUCCAAGUACGGCUGCUGAUACUGCUGAGUAUCCCCAACUUCCUGUCUGCUUUCUACAUGUUUGCCCAAGUCUUUAUGAUCCAGGAUGAGGCCCACUACUGCUCAGUGGCCUGGGUCAAGAACCAUACUUUGAACCUGAGUGCUGCCGAGCAGCUGACACUGAGUGUGCCCCUGGAUGCUGCAGGCAGUCCUGAGCCCUGCCUCAUGUUCCGGCCUCCUCCUGACAAUGCCAGCCUGGAGGACAUUCUCAGCCACCGCUUCAAUGAGACGCAGCCCUGCGAGGCAGGCUGGGAGUAUCCUGAACAUGGGCCCCUGUCCCUACAGAAUGAGUUCAACCUGGUUUGUGAUCGGAAGCACCUGAAGGAGACCUCACAGUCCGUGUACAUGGCCGGGCUCCUCGCUGGGUCUCUAAUCUUUGGGCCUCUCUGUGACUGGAUUGGCCGCAGGGCCACUAUCCUGGUGCAGCUGUUCCUCUUUGCCAUCUUCGGUCUGAGCACAGCCUUUGUGCCCAGCUUCGAGCUCUACAUGGUCCUGCGUUUUGCUGUGGCCACUGCUGUCGCUGGGUAUACCUUCAGCAACGUGACCCUACUUACAGAGUGGGUGGGGCCCUCGUGGAGGACUCAAUCCGUGGUCCUGGCCCAGUGCGCCUUCUCCAUUGGUGAGAUGGCACUGGCAGGACUCGCCUAUGGCAUCCGAAACUGGAGGCAUUUCCAAAUGGCUGGCGCUGCACCUGUCUUGCUGCUCUUCUUCUACUUCUGGGCUCUGCCAGAAUCAGCACGGUGGCUUCUGACCCGGGGGAGGGUAGAGGAGGCGAGACAAGUGAUCCAGAAGGUGGCCUCUGUCAACAAGCGGAAACUCUCUCCAGAGCUCCUGAGCCAGCUGGUUGCAGAGAAGACAGGCCCCUCGGGGAAUGCCUUGGAUCUGUUCAGACACCCCCAGCUCUGGAAGAUGACCCUAAUCCUCUGCUAUGUCUGGUUUGUGGACAGCCUGGGAUACUAUGGCUUGAGCCUCCAAGUCGGUGACUUUGGCCUGGAUAUCUACCUGACGCAGCUAAUCUUCGGAGCAGUUGAAGUGCCCGCCCGCUACUCCAGCAUCUUCAUGAUGCAAUGGUUGGGCCGCAAGUGGAGUCAGAUGCUCAGUCUUGUUCUGGGUGGCCUCAUGUGUAUUGCCAUCAUCUUUGUCCCAGCAGAUCUGCCUGUGGUGGUCACCGUGCUGGCCGUGGUGGGCAAAUUUGCCACGGCCUCUGGAUUUACCAUCUCCUACGUGUACUCUGCUGAGCUCUUCCCCACCAUCAUCCGGCAGACGGGCAUGGGGCUGAUGGGCAUCUUCUCAAGGAUUGGAGGGAUCCUUACCCCUCUUGUGAUCCUGCUGGGCGAGUACCAGGCGGCCCUCCCUAUGGUCAUCUAUGGCAGCCUCCCCAUUGGGGCAGGCUUACUCUGUGCUCUGCUGCCAGAGACACGUGGCCAGCCCCUGAAGGACACCAUCAGCGACUUGGACCAGGGGCCCCACCCACGGCCUCCAGAGUCAGCACCUUCAGAAAAGGAAACAGAGGCCUCAGAAAGCACUUCCAGCCCAGGGGUGACUUUUGUGAGCAGUACGUACUUCUGAUUGUGUCUCUGGAGCUGGAGUAGCAGCAGUAGCGAGCUACCUGAACACCCCCUGGAAAAGCCUGGGGCCUGCCCAAAAGCCCCGCCUCACAGAUAGAGGCAGCACACCCUGGCCUGGUCCCCAUGCCAGCCGCUGGCUGCUUAGUCCCUAGGCAUCCGGGUGGGCUUCUCUCUUCUCGUUGCUUCUCAUCAACUUCCCCACCCCAGCAUACUCCCAAGCCCUGUUCUGGGGUAGGAUCUUAGGUAUAUCUUGGGCUUUACUUGUUCUCUGACAGUCUUGUGAGAGUAUGGCUCCUCUGCUCUUCUCAAUCUGGGCUCCCCCUGCUCUCAAAACAGAUAAGCUCAGAACAGAGCAGAUGCUUUACAGCCUUUCCAAGGAUGUGGCAGUAGAAGGAGAGAAAAUUGAAGCUGCGGUGUACAUCUAUCCAGGCCAGUGAGAGAUAAGGCUGUGGAUGAGGAGAAGGUUGUAGUUCCUUCUAGUGGCUGGGCCAGGCUUGGGUGGGGCUAAUGAGACAAUAAAGGGCAAGCAGAGGGCAAAAGACAAACUGACACUCCACAUCUCCCCUCCCCCAAAGAUGAAAGUGGGAUAUUUGUGACAUUGCUCAGGCCCUCAGGACUGCCCAAGAAUGAAGGAAGGAAAAAGCAAAUGGUCACCUGAUAAAAGAUCACAGUUUUUACAAGAAAAGCACAAUCUGGAGAAUAGUCAUGUAACUAUAGUUAUAUAGUUUAUAUAUAAACCUAUAGACUCAAUUUCCUGGAGCCGUAACGUCACAUAUUCUUCCAUUGGAUAAGAAACCCUAUGUAAUCAGUCAUUCCUCAUGCUUAGACCUCAGCCUUUUCUGCCCACAGGUCCUCUUGCUGUGCUUUA